AUGAAGUUACAGGAUUUAUCAGAUCAUGAAGAAAUCGCCCUGCAACCAUAUCAAAUUCAUCUGCCCGACACUCCGCAAUAUGAACAGUUUGCUAUUCCACACACUCAACAAUCAAAAACCGCUGUAGAGUUAAUCCAGCCAGAUGCUCCUCAACAACCAUCUUCUGUGUCUCCACCAAAGAGCCCACCACCAGAGGCUACCCCAAAUGCUGUCAAAUCACAGCAAUCACCAAAUACGACUGCUGCAGACAAAACAGAUAUAGACAUACUAAAUGAUCUUAUUGCAGAAUUGGAUGAGAUUGAAAAAAUACAGAUAUAA